AUGAUCGUCAACCUCAACACCUACAUCUAUGAUUAUUUCUUGAAGCGCGGCUAUCACGACUGUGCCCGAGCCUUGGUCAAGGACGAGUCCAUCAAGUUAAACACCGAACCCCCUAUCAAGACGAGCCCCGGUCACCGUCGUGAUGCUGACGCCAACGGCAUCGAAGGCGACGGAAUGAUGACCGAUGGCAAGGACGGGGAGAAGAUCAAAGUGCCCGACGAUCUCCCCCGACCCAACCUGGCCAGCGAGAGCCAGCAAUCCGCCUUCCUCCUCGACUGGUUCAGUCUUUUCUGGGAUUUCUUCUGGGCCCAGCGCAAGAAGGGGAAUAGCAACGAUGUGAAAAACUAUCUUCAGCAUACACAGAAUAUCAUGCGCAUGCGGGAACAGCAGCAUAACCAAUUUUUACGUCAGCCUCAGAUGAUGCCCGGUCAGAUGGGCCAACUCAACGUUCGCCGGAACGGCGUCGUUCCCAACCUUCAGAAAACUGUCCUGCAGAACAACCAGUCCGGCCUCUCCCAGCAGCAAAUGGUCAACCUGCAGAAAAACCAGCAGCAGGUCCAAAUGAUGCACCAAAUGCAGAGAGAGCAAUCGGAUAUGGACAUGAACGGUCACCGCCCCCAGUCGCCCGCCUCCACCGACAACGCCCCCUCUCCGUCCAAGCGACCGCGCCUUGAAAGCGGCCACAUGAACGGUCAGCAGCUGGCUCCCAACGGACGCGGCCAGGCGCAGGGCAUGCCCGGUCAACCGAACCCUCAGGCGCUGCUGAUGCAGAACGGCCUCAAUCCGCGCAUGAACCCCGCGCAGUUCCAGCAGGCGUUCCAGCAGUCGGGACCUGCCGCGCAGCAGAAAUCAAUCCAGGUAUAUGCUCAGAACCUGGCUCUACACCACUCACGCUCAGCAAUGAAUAACCAGGCAAUGCCCAAUGGCAUGAUGAAUCCCGGUGUCAUGGCGAACCAGACGGACCUGGUCCCGAUGCCCGACAACCAGGGUAUGUACAUGAACGGUGGCGAAUACUACCCGAACGGCCAGAUGAACCAGGUCCGGGCGGGGAUGCCGACCCCUGGCAGUCAGCCCGGAAACCAUGCUCUCCAGGAUUAUCAGAUGCAGCUCAUGCUCCUGGAGCAGCAGAACAAACGGCGUCUGAUGAUGGCUCGUCAAGAGCAGGACAGCAUGGCCCGUCCUGACGGCCAGCCGAUGCCUGGGCAGCAGCAGGGGUUGCCACCGGGCACCUCCCCCCAGGGCAGUCGGGCGGGCGCGUCCCCCAACCCCAGCGAACAGAUGAAGAGGGCCACCCCGAAGAUCCCGCAGACCGGUCUCCCGGGUUCCCCGAGCACCGUCGACCCCAUGGCCCAGGGCCGCGGAUCCCCGGCCUCGAUGAACUUCAACCCCGGCCAGAUGCCCCCGGACAUGGCCGGCGGCCCGUCCUUCUUCAUGAAGGGCAUGCCGGACGGCAUGGUCGGUCCCAACGGUAUGCGGCCCCCUAGCUCCAAUCCAUCCUUUAGUGGGCCCCAGAUGGGGCAGCCGAUCUCCGCGGGGGCUGGGGCCCGCGUGCCCAGCUGGCAGCCACAGCAGGGCGGACCCCAGGGGCAGCCCAUGGCGCCGCAUCAGUCUCCCGCGACUCAAUCGCAGACCACCGGCACUCCCCAGGAUCGCAACCCGAUGCCUCCGCCCCAGGCGCCUCCCGCCGCGGGAGCCAACGCUGGUCGCGCUCAACCUCCGUCACCCCAGACCGGUGCCGCCGCCCCUCCCACGCCCCAGCAGGCCACCAAGCCGGCACAGAAGGGCAAGAAGGGCAAGGAUGAUACGACCCGCAAGCGACCCAAGAAACAAACCGCUGCCGCCGCCAAUGCGAAUACCGCGGCCACUCCAUCGUCUGAAGCCGAGCAUCCCCCCACGCCCACUCCGCCCACCCCCAUCACUCCUCAGCAUCCCAACUCGUUUAACAAGACCGGGGCCAACGCCACGACGGCCGCGGCACCGCAGCCCACGUCGGCGCCUGCGCCCCAGCCGCUGGUCCAACAACCCCCGCUCGACCAGAACCCACAACAGCCGUUUAAUGAUAUCAACAUGACUGAUUCAUCUGCUUUCAACCUCGACUUCAGCGCCUUGGAGAAUCCGGACAUCCUGGAGAAUUUCGACUUCGACACGUUCCUGAACACGGAUGCGGAUACGGCAGGAUUCGGAUUCGAUCCAAGUAUCUCGUAUUCCACCGAGGGGGUCGAGACCGGCACCGGAGAGGGCUUAUAA